AGGCUCUGUCGCUGUUGGAGCAGCGUAUGCAUAAUGAGUACUUGGCAGGUCAUCUACCAACUCGUCUGAAAGGACUAGAUGCAGCCUUAUGUGGGGGCAUUCCAUUUGGUGUUAUUACGGAGUUGGUUGGUCCUGCAGGGAUUGGCAAAACACAGUUCUGCCUGAAGCUUUCCUUGUUGGCCUCACUGCCUUCUAGUCACGGUGGCCUUGAUGGCCAUGUCAUAUAUGUGGAUACCGAAUCAAAAUUUAGUUCAAGGAGGAUGAUUGAAAUAGGUGUUAAUAGUUUCCCAGAAAUAUUCCAAAUUGAAGGAAUGGCACAGCAGAUGGCUGGUAGGAUCCUAGUCUUGCAACCGACGACACCCACUGAAUUCUCAGAGUGCUUGCAAAAGAUCAAGGAUUCCCUUCUCCAGCAUCAUAUGAAGUUGCUAGUCAUUGAUAGCAUGGCAGCUCUUGUUUCAGGGAGAGAUGGACAGGGACAAUGUAGACAGCAUCCAUUGGGUUGGCAUAUGACCUUUAUAAAAUCACUCGCAGAAUUUUCCCGUAUCCCUGUGGUGGUGACUAACCAAGUUAGAUCUCAUAGUGGUGAUGACCCUUUCCACUAUUCCUUCCAAGAUUCUAGACAAAAUCUGGAUUUCCCCACAACAUUUGAUUCCCAUCUUGUUGCUGCUCUUGGGAUCCCUUGGGCUCAUGCUGUUUCUAUCCGUCUUGUGCUGGAAUCUAAAUCAGGGCAAAGAUUCAUAAAAGUGGCAAAAUCAUCAAUGUCCCCUCCGGUUGCAUUCACUUUCGCUAUAUCUGCAUCUGGAAUUUCCUUGCUUCAUGACGAUGGAAUUGAAAUGACUGGACCAGAAAUAAAUGCAAUAUGUGGUCAAGUUUUAAAGCAUUUCAACGUUGCUUCCUCUAUUAAUGACGCACAUAACAUCAAAUACUUCAGGGAUUUUGAGGUAACAGUGGUUUAUUCAAUUAAGAAUUGGAGCUUCAGGGUUGUUUGUGGCUGAUACCUGUACUCAAGGACUCGAGCACUUAGCUUGGUACAUAGAUCUUGUUUGAAUAUAGUUCUGUAGCCCUUUUAUCACUACGCAUCAGAAAUCAAAGUUUGAUGUGAGGUUAGCUCAUUGUUUGUGCCUUCAUCUAGGAGACCAGUAGACCUUUUUUUUUCAGGGUAUGAGGAAUCAAGGCAUAUUGGCAUAAAGAAAUAGGCACAGAUAUGUAGAAUUGGUGUCGAUCUUUAGGUUCAGAUGCACAACUGAGCCAGGACCUGCGUGAAGAUCAUCAUCAUCAUCAUCAUAGGGAUAGCAUAUUACCAUGUGACAGUCAAACCAAAUUGCAGGAUUAAUUUAUUUGGUGGUGCUGCGACAACUGAAGACCAUUAAAUUUAGUAUCCUUUCUCCUUUCACUUUAAUAACUUGAAUGAGAUACUUGGAACAGGAAUACCUUAAAAUGCACUCCUUCAGAUUUAAGGAUAACUUAUUUUUUAUCAUUCUUUGUGAGAACCAAGAUUAAGGUUAGCGCUUUGGUUUCGCAUACUAGUAAAUGAACAACUUUGAAGUGUCCUCAGCUAAAGAAGCCAUAAAGUGCUGUUCAACCUUCUGAUGGGGGUUUUUAAAUAGGAAAAACUGUAAAGAGGAAACCCAAGAUUGAGUUUUACCAUUAUUCUUAUUUUCCCUUUUUAACCUAUGACCAAAGCUUGUUGUCUAAUCCCCCCAUUGCUAGUGUUGGUGUUUUUGUGAUUCGUGAUUUGUCCACGUAGCCACUCGCCUGAUAGCAUGUUUGAUAUUUGACUGCAAAACUGUUUGGCAAUCAAUGCCUGGAUAUGGUUAAAUAAUAUCUCAUUAACUAAUACGCUCCA